UUUCCCCAUUCUGGUGGUUGGGGUUAAUCUUGUUUAGUGCUGUUCUUUACCUGUAGCUAGAGGGGUGCAUUGACAAGUGGAUUUAUAUAAGCAGUAAAAACUUUGAAAUGGGACCUAAGCGUGACCCAGAGUUGGAGACUCAAGCCUUGGAUUGGAUCGAAGCUAUUUUGGGAGAACCGAUCGACAGGAAGAGACCGUACGAAGAUGUGUUAAAAGAUGGUAUAAUUUUAUGCAACUUGAUGAACAAACUAACGCCGGGUUGUAUUAAGAAGAUCGACAAGAAAGGAGGCGGCUUUGCACUGAUGCAGAAUAUCGAGAGAUUCUCCGAAGCUGCCAGGAAGUUCGGCGUGCCCACGUCCGAGUGUUUCCAGACGGUGGAUCUGUGGGAGAGGAAGAACAUCCCCCAGGUCACUCUCUGCAUCCACGCCCUGGGUCGAGUGUGCCAGACCAAGCCCGACUACACUGGUCCAGUUCUAGGUCCCAAGAUGGCUGAAAAGAACGAGAGGCAGUUUACGGAGCAACAGUUGCUAGAAGCUAAGAACGUCGUCAGUUUACAGUAUGGCAGUAACAAGGGGGCCAGUCAAGCCGGCAUGAACCUUGGCAAAAUGAGAAACAUUAACGACUAAACUUUUGCGACAUUCGAUAUUCAAAUACAGCCAUGGAGACGUGUGCAACAUACUUUUGACCACGUUGUUAUGUCAGCCUGCAAGCUAGUCAAUAGUAGUAUACAUUCUGCUAGGCUCAGACUAUCAACUGCCAGCACAAAGUUGGCCAACUUUUUUACCUCACGACUUCUACGACUCUCCAGUUGCUUGUCUGAGCGUUCUUACAACUCGAUUGUCGUCGUAUACAACACCUACGACCAAUUAGUUGUUAAUCUGAAUACACCCGUACUAAGUCGGGAGUGGGAGAAAUUACAACGAAACCGUCGAGUUGGCCAUCUUCGUCGUAACAGUUGACAGUAUGAGCCUAGCAUUGCUCAGGAACAAAUGUACUUAGUGAAUAGAAUUCUUACAUCUAGUACUUAUUUCAUUUCUUCAGUUAAUUUGUGUUUUAAUUUGCUUGGGUUGUAGACAACAUGAGUCAUGCAAACCUUCUGUAGAUCUGGCCUGGCGCUUAUAAAACUUUUAGAGUCUAGACUCAAGACUAAUAGAGUGUGAGACAUUUAAUAAUGUCAUGACAACGUCAUACACAUUGUAUGUGUGUGACGUCAUUAAAGAUUAAGUCUGGACUUUAAAGGUUUUAUCAGCACGGGCCCUGGUCUCGUGCUUAUAGCACUAGACUCGACACUAUAAUGGAGUCCGAGACUUUAACGUCAUGGUAACGCCAUUGACAGUGCAUUCAUGUGACGUCAUUGGGGAUGUGAGUCUAGACUAAAAGUUUUAUAAGAACGGGCCCUGGUUUAUUGGUUGCUGAAAAAAGAAUAGGGAAAUCUAAACCUGUUAAAUAUAAAACAAAAGCAUUGUUAAUAAUAAUGAUUAUGUAAUUUGUAAGUAAAUACACUUUAAUUCAGAUCAAAACCAAGAGUGUGUGAUGGGUGUAGCCAGUACGUACUGAUCAUAAUACUUUGAAGUCUAUUAAAUAUUCUGGGAUAAUGACUUUGACACUAUAUUACAAAAUAUGUCUCGCUCAAAAAUACUGUUUUCAGGCCUCUAAUGGUGCUUUCAGUUGUUAUCUGGCGGUCGUGGUGGGGAUGGGAGAUUACCUCCCCUUUAACUUCUCUCUGGCUGUGGAUCAUAUGAGCACUAUUUUGGUCGAUAUGAGUAAACUAUUUUAUAGAUAUCACUUGUUCAGGUUUCUACACGAGUACAUGGGCGUACAUAGGGGGGGGGGGGGUCGAUGGGUUCGACCCCCCCC